GCUGCUGCUAUCAUGUAUCAUCAUUUGGUCGCGUCGCCAAUAAUUUUUUUAACAACAAAAUCAUCGCUGCUGCUCGGAUUGUGAGCUGUGGCCUACAUUUAAUAUCGUUAAGUGUUAAUAGCUGAUUAGCGUUUUAUAUAUGCGUUUUCAUCGCGUGGAACUCAUAUUGGUUAUACAGGCGAAUCUGCUGGCGAUGUCUGAGUCGUUAACUGUAGAUUCUCUCUACUGGAUAGAGCCCCUGUAACUGGACUGUAGGGGGAUUUAUUGAUCCAUCAUGACAACAGACGUGUGUCUGGUGACCUUGGAUGCAAUGCCAUCAACCACCACCAACUCGUCCAACUGCAGCGCACCCUGCAUCCAGGGGGAUGACGAGGGAGGGGAAAGCAUAGAGGACGCCCCCGCACCCCUUGUUAACCACACCCUACCCCAUCACCCCGGUAAAGUUCACCGGAGGCUAUCCGCCCAACCACAAGAUAUGAGGAUGAGAAGUCGUACAUCCUCCGGAGACUCCACAAGCUCUGUCUAUGGUUCAAGGACGUCUCCUCUGAUGAAUGUAGUCUUCCUGGAUGAUUAUAUCAAGGAGGAGCUCGGACGUGGCUUUUUUGCAACUGUUUAUAAGAUCCAGCACAGAGAAACGGGUCAGUUGAUGGCUGCCAAGAUCAACACAAACGAUAACAACUGGGAUAAUGUUCAUCAUGAAAUACAACUCAUUAGUCGCAUGGUACAUCCAAACAUAAACAGGUAAGGGUUCCAUUUCGUGAGGAUUUAGCACUUUAUGAACGUGAUAAUGUCAAAGUAUUGCAAUGUUAACAAAAUGUCCCUAAUAAUAUUUCAAUAAUUGACCUCAGUGGCGCAGUCACAUUUCCCCUACGGCGGCCGUAUGGCGAGUCGAAAACAAUUUUUGUACCAGCUACAUGUACAUAUAUGUGGUUUGAAUAAAAAUGAAUAAAAUGGCUGUUUUUGACUUGCCGUGCGGCCGCCAUAGGGGAAAUGUGACUGCAGCAUAAUGUACACUUCAAAAAUUAAGGGCCAAGGCAACAUUUCGAUGUUAGAGUACAAAUGGGACAUUUUAAAAGGACACCAAAAAUCUCCAAGACUAAUGGGAGGAGUGUUGAAGCAGGUCAAUAGGGCAUCUAUUACCAUGGCCUUGGUUGGUAUUGGACUAACCUAGCCUUUAUCAUAAGUAAAUUGUGAUACAUGGGGAUGUUUCACAAAAAGGUAAUGAUAUACAGUCGCACUAAAAUGUCCAUUUGCGUGCCGAAUAAUAGGAAUCGCCGCAUUGGUCAAAUCAUGCUAAAAAAGGAUGUGCUACUGCGCAUAAGUCAUUAAUAUAAAGUAAUCAUGUGUGUGUCAGGCUUUGUCAGCACUAUAAACCUUUUUAAAGUCAUACUGAACUCUUUGUGACACACCCCCCUGUUUGCAACAAUAUUGAUAAACAACAAGUACUACCAUUUGGGUUUGUUAUGAAAUGAAUGAACUUUGUUUUUUAAAUAGUAUGUUGUGGGUUUGAAAUCCAGCUAUGGUAUGUUUUCCUACAGCAAGAAAUUUACCCUCAUUGUGCUGCACUCAACCCAGGUGAGGUGAAUGGGUAAUCAGCAGGAUUGAUUCCUUGAAUGCAUUGAAUGCUUGAAACAGUGUUGACCUAACAAUGCAAAUUUAAAGUAUUUAAUGUGGUCUUCUGUAAAUUGGUGGGUCAGACCCCACCUUUUGUCCAAUAACUGUGUAUAAAAACAUACAAAUGACCAUUUGAUUGUGAUUUUUCGCAUGGUUAGCCCCCUUUCAAAACUGCUCCACGGACCCUGUGAUAUUACAUUUGCUGUUUAAUAGGCAUUUUGAAAACACACACAUGUACAUGUAAUACAAUACAUUGUGGUAUAAUCAAUGGAAUAUAUGGAAGAAAGGUGGUAAAUAUAUGAAGAAAUAUAAUGAAUAGAUCAAGAAAUGGAAUACAUACAUGUAUGACAAAGAGAAUUUUCCAUAAGGAUUUGCAGAACAGUACAAGUACUGUCUUUCCUAUUCUUCAUUCUGAUAACUGAAACUCUGUAAUUAAUCCUUUGUGACAAAACAUUUCAAACAUCAUCAAUCAAAAUUAUGGAAGAGUUCCAAACUUUGCUUUUCUUUAUGAUGAAUCAUGUCAUACUUCACUUUUGAAACAUUUGACCUUUCAUUUGUUGUCAAGACUCAAACAUUAUGUGCAGUAAUUCUUUUCAUUUACACAUUCCUUAAAGCAUUUUUUUUUCAAACAUCACACAAUGUACACAAUGGUGUUUGUUCAGGAAUUAAAUGAACAUAAUUUUGACUACGGUAUAAAGGUUCCUUAUAUAU